CUGUAUUUUCUGUACACUACAGGAGAACGAGGAUUCGCACCAAAGCGGGCGCUGCCCGCGCUUUCCGAGUGCUUAUGCCUGCAUUUUCCAAGUCUCAAAAAUGGGACUUUGCGGGCAGUGCUUUAA